AUGCAUAUGCUUACAGCUAUUGCUAAAGGUACUCUUCCUACGAAAGUAAAAGUACAAGGAUGGAAUUGCCAAGAACUUCGUGGAUUUUUGGUAUCUCAAAAGAAUAUUAAAUAUAUUGAAAAAUAUGCUAAAAUCAUCAUCGACAAUCAAAAAGUCGACGGUUCAUCUUUCCUUUUGCUGAACAACGUAACUCUUCGAAGAUGGAAGAUACCAAAUGGUCCAGCUAAAUUAAUCGAAAACUUGGUCAAGCAAAUUCUAGGUAAUGACGAUGUUUUGGUUGUAGAUAAUAUUCCUAAGAAAGAAGAAGUAGAAAAUUGGAAUUGGCAAAAACUUCGUAAAUUUUUGGAAUCGAGGGAAAUUCAAGAUAUUGAAGAAUAUGCUAAAACCAUCGUCGAAAAGUUCGAUGCUUCAUCCUUCCUUUUGCAGGACGCACAAACUCUUGAAAGUUGGAUACCAGGUGGACCAGCUUUAGAAAUCGAAAAAUUAGUCAAGGACAUUCAAGUUGCUAAAAAAAGUGCUUUUCCUACGGUCAAAGAAGUAUUAGGAUGGAAGUCCCAAAAACUACAUGAAUUUUUGAAAUCGAAUUGUAUUUUUGAUAAAGAUAUUAAAAUCAUCACCGACAAAGUACAAGAAGAUGGUUCAUACUUCCUUUUGAUGAACUCAAAAUCCCUUGGUGAAUGGGGAAUAGAUGAUAUAACCGCUAGAAAGAUCGAAACUUUGAUCGAAGAAAAUCAAGUAGAGCCAAAUACUGGGGAGGUAUCCAUUCUAAUCGAUCAUUCGAAUUUGUUCAAGCAAGGUCAAAAAAUUAUGGAGAAAAUUGUUGACAAACCAAAUUUGCGCGUUAGUUACGAACGACUCCAAUCAGUCAUAUUAAAUGAACGAAACUUGGGUGGCCCUUCAGAAAUAUUUUACUCUAAAUAUAAUAAUAAUCUCGAUGAAUUUGGGGCAAAAUAUGGAGAUCAAGGUUUUAAUGUUAACCCCAUAGAGCAAAGAACGGACAUGAACAAAGAAAAAAAAGUAGAUGUAUCAUUAGUAAUACGAGGAAUGGAAAUCUUAGAAAAUAGGUUACCCGGAAUCUUGGUUAUAGUAACAGGCGAUAGUGAUUUCCUACCAUUAGUAAAAGCUGCCUUUAAUAGAGGGUGGAAAGUUGAAACAUGGUUCUGGUCAAGAGGUUUAAAUAUGGAAUAUAAAUCUGAUGAAUUUAAAAAGAACUAUAGUCUCAACUAUCUGGAUAAACAUAUUUUAUAUGCACGUGAACUAAAACUAUCACGUGAGCUUAAUUAUAAUAUCAAAGAUAAAAAUGUUAAAUUGUUGAAGGAUAAAGACCUGUUGCAAUUAUUCGCUGAAUUGAAAUUAUUUGGAUGCUGGCGUUGGAUCAAUGAUGAUCAUUUAUCGAUUGCUGUUCAUACAAAAAAACAGUAUAAUGAGGCUGCCAUUGGGUUAGGCGUUAUUUCAAUUUUAUUGGCUAUCUUUGAAGAAGGCACUCGACCCGUAAUUAACGUUUCGGAUGAUGAAUUUUUUCCUCGACCUAUAAUUGUAAACCACCUCAAAGCUAUUUUCCAACCAGCCAAACAUCACUCGCGUUAUUAUACAGUUUAUGGUGAACAUGGAACCGGUAAGACUACACUGAUCAGACUUGCAUCAAGAGAAGUUGGUCAUGGCGUUGUAUACGUCGAUGUCCCUCAUGUUGUUAAUAAUUUUGGCAAAGCAUUUGGGGAAGCUAUCAACUUUGCAUUUGAGGAGGAUGUCUCUUAUAAUAAGCAAUUGAGACGAAAAUUGGGCAAUACUGAUAACGAAUCUGACGAUCCGAAGUGGGUGAGGGCCUUGAUAGCUUUUCAACGUGCUGCUGAAGCUUAUAAAGUCAAAUAUGAUAGACCUAUGGUUAUUGUGUAUGAUAACAUUAGUCGAUUAGAUCCAGAAACCAUUCGUAUCCUUCAAAAUGGUGCCAAAGAUAAUGCUGAUAGCCGAACAUACAUUGCAGUGUUUGUCAGCAGCGAAGGCUCGGUUCCAAAAAUAAUGGAAA